AUGAGGGGAGGAAGGGAUGGAGCGGCGCUGGUGACAGCCGGCCGAGCGCUCGCGCGCAUCCCUCCUCCCGCCGGGAUGCAGCAGGGCCGCCCGUCCCUCUGCUGCGUCGCCAGCAUCCGCGGCUCGCAGGGCGCACCUGAGCCAGCCGCUGCCGCCGCCGCUCACUUCAGCUUCUGCCGCAGCCUCCUGGAGCACACGGUGUCAGCUGAGAACCUCAGCUACCGCCUGCAGCGCAGCCCCGGCACCAGCCUCACCUGGCACGACGGGCGCAGCCAGCGCGGCGAGGGCAGCCGUGCCAUCAAACUCCUGCGGCAGCCGGGCACAGAGGGCUCUCAGGGCCGUGGCUGCGAUCACUAUGGCAUCUACCACACCAGCCCAACGCUGGGCAGCCUUACCAAGCCAGUGGUGCUGUGGAGCCAGCAGGAUGUGUGCAAAUGGCUGAAGAAGCACUGCCCGCACAACUAUCUCAUCUACGUCGAAGCGUUCUCCCACCACGCCAUCACAGGUCGGGCUCUGCUGAGGCUCAAUGGGGAGAAGCUGCAGCGUAUGGGCAUCGCCCACGAGGCGCAGCGGCAGGAGGUGCUGCAGCAGGUCCUGCAGCUCCAGGUGCGCGAGGAGGUCCGGAACCUGCAGCUGCUCAGCCAAGAUUGUACCAACACUGUGAACCGAGCAGCUCUGGGAUGGACUGUGCACUGCAGAUACGAGACCUGAGCAGCAUGCUUGGAAUAUGAAGAGACAGCUCCUGAGCCACUCCAGGGCUUUUCUCUUUCUUCUCUCUCUUUCUUUUUUAUGAAUACAUUUCUGGGCAGAGAUGGGAUGCUUUCUUCAACAGACGUGGUUCCCAGCUGGAGGAAAAUUAGCAAAGCAGUCAGUGGGACAGGUGAACUUUGGCUCGUCUGAGCCUGAUGGGAGAGACUGCAAAAAGAACCAGCAACGGGCAGGGCUGGGCUGAGCAGUGUGGGCAACUCCAGCACGGCCAUUUGUGGGAUAAACAGAAGCUGCACAUGGGAUGCUGAUGCCUUUGCACAUGAGUGGUGCCCAGCACUCGGAGUGGCUGGGAGAGCUGCGGGUUCUGCUGGUGUCAAUGGCUUGGGGCUUCGUUCUCCCUUUGAACUGGGCUGUCUUCCAGUGUCCUAGGAGAUAACGUUAUCGGCAGCAAAUAAGAUGACCCAACCAGGCAAAGAAAUUAAAAGCAGGGCAGUCACCAGCACCUGAUUCCACUUUGUGAAUUAAAAAGGGAGCUGAGUCAGCAGCAGUGGAAGCCCAGGGGUCAGCACGUUCCAGGGGAUGCUGCACAGGAGAUGCUUCACGUCCUUUCUCUGUCCUCAUCCACAUGCCUGGAUCCCUGCUUUCUGGUCCCAGGCUCUAUUUAUUCCCUCCCAAUGCUGCCCGGGUUUUGUCCAGACCCUUUGCAGAGCUCUACCCCUCUUGCAAACUCCCAACCCUUCAGGGGGCUGUGACAGUGCCAUCCAUACCAGCACCGUCCCCAAAUCCCAGCUGAUGAUUGAAAGGAGGUGACAUUUCUAGUCGCAUCCCCCAGUGCCACUGGUGCCAGGGAUACCCCAGGGCCGUGGCAGAGCAGGCAUCCAGGUGGCACCACACACCACCUCCUGCUCUGCAAAUAAAGUCAGACUGUUGUUUCCAUUUGCUGCUCUCCUGCUCGUCCUGUGAUUCUACUCAUUCCCUGCCCCCCAGCUAGAGAAAACAAAGUGAAAGAUUUCGGCCACUGAGUCAGGGUGAGGGAUUAUCCCAACACUGUCCCUGUGGGAGCACUAUGGUGUGUGAAUGGGGAUGUCCCCCCUCCAAACAUGGGGUUGCUCAGGGACUCAUUUGCAGGGACCCCACAGCCCUGGGGGUUUGCUGUUCACUGCUCCUUUCCCUCCUCCACAGACACUGAAAUCUGA